AGCGGAAGGGGACGAGAGACUUUGCUCCUGCCAUGCCUUGCCCAGAAGGGGUGCCGUUGUGGCCCCACGGACCCCUCUUCGGGGCUAGGAAAGACCCUCCCCCAGCAGAGCUCAGGUGGGGGGCGGCGGAUUUUCCGCCAGUUUCACGCCGCGCUGGCCUUUCCCUUUCGGGUUCCGGCAAGCGAAGUAGAAACUACUUCAGGCCCUCCCCGCGAGUGCGUCACCGCCCCUAGGGCGGCUGCUCAGGCACUCGGAGCUACCUGCUCUUCCGCCUGUCGCCGAGCGGUCAGCUGGAGCCCCGCGCUGCCGAUGCGCUAGUCGCUGCCUGGAGCCCUGCCUCCCGCGGGGGCGCAUAGUGGCAGGUGAAGUUUAGAAAACCGGAUAGUAAUGGAGUAUAUGAGCACUGAUAGUGACAAGGAGAUUGACUUGUUGCUAACGCACUUAAAUAUGUCUGAUGUGAUAGACAUUAUGGAGAACUUUUACCCAAAUGGAGAGCUGGCAGUUUAUGAAGACAGUCUGAUUACUAUGCACCAAGAAACAAAUCAAAAUGGGGGAUGUAAAGAAUCCUUAUUAUUCCGUGGAAGAGAGGUUUCUUUGCUGUCAUGUGUCAGGUACGGGACUGAGGAAGACUUGCUCGCUUUUGCAAAUCAGGUGUCCAACACUGCAAAGCAAAUUAAUGGACAGAGACAACAGGAAUCUGGAAUCCUAUUAAACAUGAUCACUCCGAAAAACGGACGCUAUCAAAUUGACUCCGAUGUGCUUUUGUUUCCAUGGAAGCUGACUUACAGGAAUAUUGGCUCUGAUUUUAUUCCUCGUGGAGCUUUUGGGAAAGUUUACUUGGCACAAGACAGAGAGACAAAAAAGCGAAUGGCAUGCAAGCUGGUUCCAGUGGAACAGUUCAAACCAUCAGAUGUUGAAAUCCAGGUCCGCUUCCGCCAUGAGAACAUUGCAGAGUUAUAUGGUGCUAUUCUGUGGGAUGAGACUAUCCAUCUCUUUAUGGAAGCAGGAGAGGGAGGAUCUGUCAUGGAAAAGUUGGAGAGCUGUGGGCCUAUGAGAGAAUUCGAGAUCAUUUGGGUGACAAAGCAUAUCCUCAAAGGACUUGAUUUCCUUCACUCAAAAGGAGUCAUCCAUCAUGAUAUAAAACCCAGCAACAUUGUUUUCAUGUCAACUAAGGCCGUUUUGGUGGAUUUUGGUCUAAGCGUUCAAAUGACAGACGACACCUACUACCCCAAAGACCUCCGAGGAACAGAGAUUUACAUGAGCCCCGAAGUGAUACUCUGCAGAGGCCACACAACGAAAGCGGACAUCUACAGCAUGGGGGCUACCAUCAUUCACAUGCAGACUGGCAGCCCACCGUGGGUGAAUCGAUACCCUCGCACCUCAUAUCCAUCAUACCUCUAUAUAAUACACAAGCAAGCGCCCCCGUUAGAGGACAUUGCAGAGGAUUGCAGCACCAGCAUGAGAGAGCUGCUGGAAGCCGCUCUGGAAAGGAACCCUUAUCACAGACUCUCUGCUGCAGACUUACUAAAACAUGAGGCCUUGCAUCCUCCACCAGAGGACCAGCCACGAUGCCAAAGUCUGGACUCAGCCCUGUUUGAAAGGAAAAGGCUGCUGACAAGAAAGGAGCUGGAGUUGCCAGAAAACAUUGCAGAUUCAUCUUCAUGUACAGGGAGUUUGGAGGAAUCGGAGCUGUUAAAAAGGCAAAGGUCACUGUACAUAGACCUUGGUGCUUUAGCUGGCUACUUUAACAUUGUUAGGGGACCACCAACAUUAGAAUACGACUGACUCUAGUGAUUUCUUGUGUCUGCUGGUCAGAGUUGGAAAUCUGUCUCUUCAAGCUAAUUUUGUCUAUAAAAUAGUGCCUUUUUGAGCUGUAAAAUGUGAACUGCUUUUAACUGUACAGAUGAUUAAGCUAACCAAUUUGUGGACUCUGGUAAAUGUAUCCCAAGCAAGCAAUAACAUGUUCCCUGACAGCAAACCAACAAUAUGAAGGAGAAAAGAACACCUUAUUGGGAAUAUUGUUAUCUGGAGACUUUCCCUGCACUGUGAGGUUUUUUUUGGUAUGUGCACUUUACAUGCUGUGGGCUAUUUACAUUUUAUAUAAGUAGAAAAAUCCUUUCAUUUAAAAAAAUUGAAUAUUUUGGGGAAGAUCCUCCAGUGUGACUGAGCUGCACUCGCUGUAAGUCUGGCUGGGGAGACUUUGGGCCAUCUUUGGCAAUCCUAUCCAAUCUUCAACUGGCUCAGCUUUCAGCCAGUCUCUCAGGGCAGACUAGGGCAGCCUUCAGAUUGAUGUGAACCAUGCCAGCCACCAGUGGGCCUUGGAGCUAUGCAUCACUGGGGCACGGGGAUGUACUGGUCACUCUGUGUUUGUCCUUACCACACCACAAAAAAGGUGGGGGGUAUGUAGGAGUUUCUGAGGUGGUUCCACAGCACAUGGAGGUUCUCUGAAAAGGGAGAAUCCUCCACAGGCUUUAGGCCAGCUUUGUGCUAUGAGAGCAAUGCAACCUCCCCUCACAAGCCAAGCAUCCUGGCCCUGAACCUACAUGUGAUUCUGAACGUUCUGUACAUUAGAGCCAAUGCAAGUAUAUCUAGGGCAGUGAUGAGUUUGCUGCCAGUAAUGUUGAGAGAAUUCCUGAUUGUUGUAUUAAUCACUAAUAAGCUGAACAGAAUGCUUUAAAACUGUACAUGUUGAACUGACUUAAUAACUAUGUAUGGGAAAGCAUGUCAAUAGUGACAAGCUGUGUUUACGUUCCUAUGGAAACAAUUUAUCUUGUUCUCGCUAUGCCUAAUGUAUCUAAAACAUGUUGUUUUGGAUGAAAGUAAAACUGUGUAAACUACAUAGUUCUGUACAUCCCAUGGGAUGAGAAUGUAAACUUUUAUAAAACUCUUCAAUGCUUAGGAUCAUAUCUCUGUUAAGCAUUUGUUAAAGAUGGCAUACUAUGUAUGUUGUGUAGCAAAUCCCUUGUGAAGCAAGGCCUCAUUUUUAGAUGUAAAUUAUUUGAUGGCGCCUAUCCAAGAGAUUAUUUUCACUUUGAUACCAGUAUGAUUGGAUGAAUAAAUCCGAUG